AGGGGGCGGGGGCCAAGUGACCAGGCGGCGGCGGCGGUGGCUCUGCCGAGGUGACAAUGUGCUAGGAGCCCCGCUCCGUCUCCUGCGCCUCCUCGGCCUGGGCGCCCCCUGGCCGCGCUCGCCGAGCCUUGCGGCCGGUCGCCGCGCUAUGUGCGAGCGUCUCCGGGGCUGGCCGAGGCCGGGGCCGCCUAGCUCUGCUCUCCGAGAAGUGUAAAGAGAGGCGCGGGCGGGAGCCGGGGCUGGCGAGCGGCGCGGGCUCCAGGUGAGCGCGGCUCUCGGCGCAUCUGGCCGCAGGCAGGCGCAGCUGGAUCCCCGCAGCAUCCUGAGCGCGGACCGCCGAGCUGUCACCGCGGGAUCGUUAGCCACCAUACCAGAUGCGUUUUGUAGGAGUAUUUUGAAGAUGAAUGUUUUCAAAUCAUCUUGAAAUAGCCAAGCACCAUAUACAUGGGAUGCAUCCUGCUUUUGUCCUGGAGUUCACCUCUGUGGCUUAGAUUUGUCUCAGGAACAUUCGUCUUCAUUCUCUGUGUUAACUAGAAAUCAAUCAUGAGGAGAUUUGUCUACUGCAAGGUGGUUCUGGCUACGUCGCUGAUGUGGGUCCUUGUUGACGUCUUCUUACUCCUGUACUUCAGCGAGUGUAACAAAUGUGAUGACAAGAAGGAGAGAUCCCUGCUGCCUGCACUGAGGGCUGUUAUUUCAAGAAACCAUGAAGGUCCAGGAGAAAUGGGAAAAGCUGUGCUUAUUCCAAAAGAUGACCAAGAGAAAAUGAAAGAGUUGUUUAAAAUCAAUCAAUUUAACCUGAUGGCCAGUGACUUGAUUGCCCUUAACCGAAGUCUGCCAGAUGUGAGAUUAGAAGGAUGCAAGACGAAAGUCUACCCUGAUGAACUGCCAAACACAAGUGUAGUCAUUGUGUUCCAUAAUGAAGCUUGGAGCACUCUACUUAGAACUGUCUACAGUGUCAUAAAUCGCUCUCCACACUACCUGCUCUCUGAGGUCAUCUUGGUCGAUGAUGCCAGUGAAAGAGAUUUUCUCAAGUUGACAUUAGAGAACUACGUGAAAACUUUAGAAGUGCCAGUAAAAAUUAUCAGGAUGGAAGAGCGCUCUGGGUUAAUACGUGCCCGUCUCCGUGGAGCAGCUGCUUCAAAAGGACAGGUCAUAACUUUUCUGGAUGCACACUGUGAGUGCACCUUAGGAUGGCUGGAGCCCUUGCUGGCGAGAAUAAAGGAAGACAGGAAGACAGUUGUGUGCCCUAUCAUUGAUGUUAUUAGCGAUGAUACCUUCGAAUACAUGGCCGGAUCAGACAUGACUUAUGGUGGUUUUAACUGGAAGCUGAAUUUCCGAUGGUAUCCUGUUCCUCAAAGAGAAAUGGAUAGGAGAAAAGGAGACAGAACACUACCUGUCAGGACCCCUACUAUGGCUGGUGGCCUAUUUUCUAUUGACAGAAACUACUUUGAAGAGAUAGGAACUUACGAUGCAGGAAUGGAUAUCUGGGGUGGAGAGAAUCUUGAAAUGUCUUUUAGGAUCUGGCAAUGUGGAGGCUCUUUGGAGAUUGUGACUUGCUCUCAUGUUGGUCAUGUUUUUCGAAAGGCAACUCCAUAUACAUUCCCUGGUGGCACUGGCCAUGUUAUUAAUAAGAACAACAGAAGACUGGCUGAAGUUUGGAUGGACGAAUUUAAAGAUUUCUUCUACAUCAUAUCCCCAGGUGUUGUCAAAGUGGAUUAUGGAGAUGUGUCAGUCAGAAAAACACUAAGGGAAAAUCUGAAGUGUAAGCCUUUUUCUUGGUACCUAGAAAACAUCUAUCCGGACUCCCAGAUCCCAAGACGUUAUUACUCACUUGGUGAGAUAAGAAAUGUUGAAACCAAUCAAUGCUUAGACAACAUGGGCCGCAAAGAAAAUGAAAAAGUGGGUAUAUUCAACUGCCAUGGCAUGGGAGGUAACCAGGUGUUUUCUUAUACUGCUGACAAAGAAAUUCGAACUGAUGACUUGUGCCUGGAUGUUUCAAGACUCAAUGGACCUGUAAUCAUGUUAAAAUGCCACCAUAUGAGAGGAAAUCAGCUAUGGGAAUAUGAUGCUGAGAGACUCACUUUGAGACAUGUUAACAGUAACCAAUGUCUUGAUGAACCUUCUGAAGAAGAUAAAAUGGUGCCUACCAUGCAGGACUGCAGUGGCAGCAGAUCCCAACAAUGGCUGCUGAGGAACAUGACCUUGGGGGCAUGAAGACCGUUUCUCCCAAGACAUGAAAGUCUCUACACUUUUGUUUAUCCAUUGUUCCCAUUUGGUGAAAGUAUUAACUUUGCCGAAUUAAAAGUUUUAAAAAUACUUUUAGUAUUCUAAAACACAGUUGUUUAUAAUUCAUUUUUAGGAAUGUUUAUUUCCCUACUAAAAUUUGUAUCUGAUUGAAGAAGCACACAAAAUAUAAUAGGAAACUGUUAUUAAAACUUUGACCUGUUUGGAAAAAAUACACCUUACAUUUGCUUUUAAAAUGUCUUCAUUACCCUCUUGUCACAGGGUUACUUAGGGUUGUUUUAUUUUGUGUUGUAAUAAUGAUGGAAGGAGAGAUCAUGUAAUGCCUUAUACUAUAUCUUAAUUAUGAAAUAUCAUUCAUUGUUUUAUAAAACGUUCUUUUUAGAAAAGUUUCAUGGAACCAUGGUGAAUUUCUAUGCUAACACUUGGGACAAAUAUGAAAUCAUUCAUAAGCAUUGAAUUCAUCACACAAAAUGUUCAGACCAGGAAAAAAAAUAAGGUUGCUACUAAAUUUGUACAUUAUAAAAUCAUCAUACCAAAUAAAAACUUAACAAUUCAAUUUAAAUAAUAAAUUUAAGUUAAAUGAU